CAGGAUACACUGGGAGCAGUUCAGGAAAUUAGUCUUUUCAGCUUUCAUCAUGACGUCUUCAGACAGCGAUCUGAAGAAGAUCUCUACAGAGCUGAACCAUCUUUCGCUCAAAAGGCAACAACUUCUGGAGAGGAAAAAAAUUCUGUGCAUAUUUCAGGAAUUAAGGAAUCGUGCUGAAUUUGGACAAACAGAGCAAUCAGCCAAAAAUCAGGAUGAGAUUGACAGCAUUGAUGAAAAACUGAAACAACUGACUGAGAGGAGGGCUGAACUCCAAAAAAGGCGCGACACCUUCCUCAGUGCCAACAAUAAGAACAGCAUAAAAGAGGUUAAGUUCAGCUCCAAUCAGAAGAUUGAGGCCGAUCUUCCUCCUCCUGGUACAAAUAUUUUCUAUGUUGAGGCUCCACCUACUGCCCCUGCCCCUGCAGUGAUUCUGGACGUGGACAAGCUUCCACCAAGUCCAUGCAGGACACAGUGCCCAGAGUGUCGGCAGUACAUCACGACAGAGACGUUUACCUCUGUCAGCAGCGUGACCUGGCUGGUGUGCUUGAUGUCAGCUCUGGUUGGGUGUGUGGCUGGUUGUUGCCUCAUUCCCUUCUGCCUCGAUACGUUCAAAUCUACCACACACAGAUGUCCCAAGUGCUGGACAUCAAUCAAAACUAUUAAGAAGCUCUGAGAGAAGAGCAUGCGGUGGAAGAACGAAGCUCAGAUCUAGAACAACUUCAACUUAGUGAAGUAGCACUGAAGCAGCGUGGCUCUCUAAUGCUUUUUUUCAUGGAGCACAAGUCAGGUGGGACAUGUGGUGUUGACCUCCAUAGAAUGGUUGUAUGUAAAUGAGUAUUAUAUUAGAUUUUUAACACAAAGUGACCUUUCUCUGAAUUAAAAAAAAAUAUCUUCUAUAUAAUUUUACACAUUCUGUAGUACAAAAAGUCUGUGAAA